UUUGUAGUGUGCGUAUCUGCCGCAGCAGUUUUCGGACUGGUUUGUUGUGGUCUCUAAAUCUCCGGUCUAAGGUUUGGAGAAAGAUGACAGCGAGAAAGUCUGGGUCACGAUUAGAGACUGAAAUUGAACGUUGCCGGUCCGAAGGACAAUGGGACAAGAUUCCCGAGCUUGUGCGACAGCUGUCGGCAAAAUUAAUAUCAAACGAUGACCUGGGGGAGCUGCUCUUGGGGGAGGCCAAGCUUCAGCAGUACCUGAAGGAGAACCCCAUCAAGCAGGGAGCCAGCCCGCGGGGCCUCAGGCCAAAGCUGGUGGAGGUCCGCAAGCACCUGACUGCCGCAUUGGACCGGGGCAACCUCAAGCCGGAUUACAUGCAGGAGGCCAGCAUGCUGAUGGCUAAGCUGUGCUAUGUGGAGGGGGACUACCAGGAGGCCAUCAGUCAGUAUUCCCGGGUGGGCCUGGAUGACUUGCUGCUCGUGGGUUCCCCCGUCUACCGCCUGUCCAUGAUCGCAGAGGCGUACGCAACCAAAGGUCUGUGUUUGGAAAAGAUGCCGGCGGCUUCCCCCUCCCUCUCUAACCGCGACGGCGACCGCGAGCAGGACAUCAUCACCUGCUACGAGAAAUCGGGGGACAUCGCCCUGCUCUACCUGCAGGAGAUGGAGAAGGCCCUGAGCGCUGGCAUGCAGAACCGGAGCCCCAAGCCGGGCCCCGUGGCCCAGGAGCAGGAGCUGGGCUACUUCCUGGAGACGGGUCUACAAAGGGCCCACGUCAUCCACUUCAAAAACGGGAAUUUGACUCGCGGUGUAGGCCGGUUUCGGGAGAUUCUCCGAGCCGUGGAAACCAGAACCACACAGAACUUGCGAAUGACGAUUGCAAGGCAGCUGGCUGAGAUCCUGCUGAGGGGGAUGUGCGAGCAGAGUUACUGGAACCCCUUGGAGGACCCCCCUCACCAAUCCCCCCUCAACGACCCCCUACGCCAGGGCUCAUACACCAAGGACUACUCUCUAAGCAGGAGGCCCCGCGUCUACUCUGGAGAAAACCUGUUUUGUCCUCAGGAAAACACAGAAGAGGCUCUGCUCCUGCUUCUAAUUAGCGAAUCAAUGGCCAACAGAGACGCGGUUCUGAGCAGGAUUCCCGAGCACAACAACGAUCGCAUCAUUAGCCUACAGAGUGCGUCGGUGGUGUAUGAUCUAUUGACAAUAGCGCUGGGUCGAAGAGGACAGUACGAGAUGCUCUCUGAGUGUCUAGAGAGAGCCAUGAAGUUUGCGUUUGAGGAGUUCCACCUGUGGUACCAGUUUGCCCUGUCACUGAUGGCCGCAGGAAAAUCGGCGCGGGCGGUGAAGGUGCUGAAGGAGUGCAUUCGGCUGAAGCCGGACGACCCCACCAUCCCACUGCUGGCCGUGAAGCUCUGCAUCGGGACCCUGCACUGGCUGGAGGAGGGCGAGCGCUUCGCCAAGAUGGUGGUGGACAUGGGGGAGAAGGCGUCGGAGUUCCGGGCCAAAGGGUACCUGGCCAUCGGCCUGGUGUACAGCCUGCGCGCCACAGAUGCUUCUCUGCGGGGGAUGCAGGAGGAGUACCAGAAGAAGGCUCUGGGCGCCUUCCAGAGGGCCCAAAGCCUUUCUCCGACGGACCACCUGGCCGCUUUCUACCUGGCUCUGCAGCUGGCCGUGUCUCGACAGAUCCCCGAGGCGCUAGGCUACGUGCGCCAGGCGCUGCAGCUCCAGGGCGACGACGUCCACUCGCUGCACCUGCUGGCCCUGCUGCUGUCGGCGCAGAAGCACUACCACGACGCCCUCAACAUCAUCGAGAUGGCCCUCAGCGAGUACCCCGAGAACUUCAUCCUCCUGUUCACCAAAGUGAAGCUGGAGACCCUGUGCAGGGGGCCGGAGGAGGCCCUCCUCACCUGCAAACACAUGCUGCAGAUCUGGAAGUCCUGCUACAACCUCACCAACCCCAGCGAUUCCGGGCGAGGAAGCAGCUUGCUGGACAGAGCCAUCGCGGACAGGAGGCAGCUGAACACCAUGACACUCCCAGACUUCAGUGACCCAGAAACAGGCAACCCUCCAGAUGCUUACUUUCAUGGUUUUUACUCCAUUUUUUCAGUUUGUUCCGUCCACGCCACCUCCAUGGCCGCCUCUCGGGUGGAGCAGGCCCUCUCUGAGGUGGCCUCCUCCCUGCAGAGCAGCGCUCCGAAACAGGGCCCCCUGCACCCCUGGAUGACCCUCGCCCAGAUCUGGCUCCAUGCAGCGGAAGUGUACAUGGGCAUGGGGAAGCCCACGGAGGCGGCGGCCUGCACGCAGGAGGCUGCCAACCUCUUCCCCAUGUCCCACAACGUGCUCUUCAUGAAGGGCCAGGUGGCCGAGCUGCGGGGCAACAUGGACGAGGCCAAGCGCUGGUACGAGGAGGCCCUCUCCAUCAGCCCCACCCACGUCAAGACCAUGCAGAGACUGGGCCUGAUCCUGCACCAGCUGCAGCGCUACAGCCUGGCGGAGAAGAUCCUGCGCGACGCGGUGCAGGUCAACUCCACAGCCCACGACGUGUGGAACAGCCUGGGGGAGGUGCUGCAGGCCCAGGGCAACGACGACGCCGCCACCGAGUGCUUCCUGACCGCCCUGGAGCUGGAGGCCAGCAGCCCCAUCCUGCCCUUCACCAUCAUUCCCCGGGCCCUGUGAUGGGCCCCCGGGGGAAGAGGGGGCCCCCUGGAGGAGAGAGGGGCCCCUGGAGGAAGCCCCGCCCUGUCCCCCCCCCCACACCCCUGUCAUAUUCUGUUUACUGGCCCCUGAGGGCGCUUGACCUUUUCACCAGUAUUCCCCGUGCCCCGUGCCUUUCCCUCAGGGAACCGCUGCCCCCCUGCCUGCUCCUCGUGAUUAGCCCCGCCCCCCUCCUCCCGGGGAAACCCCGCCCUCGCCCCCCUGCCCUGUGUCAGGGCUCUGGGGAAGCCCAUCCUCUGUAUCUCCACUGUAAUGCGGUGUUAUCGUCCCCACCAAACCGUCAGAUCUCCCAGACAUGCCAGAGGGGAAAAAACACACACAAGCGCAGUUUCUGGUGUAGCCUGACUCUGAAUGUGGCUGUAUCAACCCUCACCCCGUACCCUGUGUUCAUGUGUCAUUUCCUUGCUGUGGUCGUCUCCUCCUCCUAACUGCGUAAAUUGUAAAAUUAAGCUGUAACGGUUCACUUGGUAGCGAUGAAGUGUACAUGAGGGUUGUAUGAAACAGAGACUGUGCCAAACAAAACUUUGAGAUAUUGAUCUCUGUGUAUGAUAUCAGUGACGACAGAUUGAUUAUAUAGAUUUGGUCAAUAGUUCAAACUCCAAAUUGGGUUUGGGAAGUCUUUGCAUUCCAUAUUAUUAUUUUUUCAUUUUGCAUUACUGUUAGUGUCCAUUGUUUGUAGUGCAGAAAAGGAAGGGAGGAUAAGCCAUGAUGAACUCCAGCUAUUUUACGUCAGAAAUGAUCCAGGAGAAGUUCUAUUCUAUCUCCGUCAGGGAGGUUCAAAGGUGAAGAAAAGUUACUGGUUACUGGCAAGUACCUGCACUGCAGUAGGGUUAUUAGAGAAAAUGGGGUUAAUAGGUGGAGAAAAGUCACUGGCAAGUGUUUACCUUAAACACAGUAGGGUUAUUAAAAUUGGGGAGGAACUAGCAGAGUAACGAGCUUUAAAAAAAACUGGCAUAUAAAAGUGUUUUCUGGAUCACGAAAGGAGCAGAUGGUUCAACCACCACGUGGUCAACGCGCAUGCGCCUUUAAAAGUAAAAAAUAUAGCACAACAUAAGAUGAGGAACACUGCUCUUUUUCAGGCUUGGUUCAGCUCGAGCAGCAGAAUUGAAAGUGGCUGGCUCACCCCCAGCUGUGUCUCCCCCCUCACAUUUACACUAAUGCAUCGGGUGGGACAUUGUGCUGUGGGAACUGGCCUCACGGUCACAUCUGUGUGUCUGUCUGUGUCGUCGUGUGUACGUCUGUGUGUGUGUGUGUGUGUGUGUGUGUGCAUGUGCGUGCAUGCAUGUGCAUGUGUGUGUACUGUAUAAUCACUCCCCCAGUUCUGUACUAAUGCAUUGCUUCUUUCUGUUGAAAGGUGGUAAUGCUGAUUAUUUUUAACUUGACCAAGAGUGUUUGUGUGUCUGUCUGUCUUGUCUGUUUGUCUGUCUGCGUAUGUGUGUCUGUGUCUGUCUGUGUGUGUGUGUGUCUGUGUCUGUCUGUCUGUUUGCAUGUGUGUGUGUGUUUGUUUGUGUGUACCUCUGUGUCUCUUUCAGGGUCCCACUGCGUGUUUUGUGCCACCAGUAUAUUUGUUUAGAACUAUAUUAGCUUCACGCUAGGUAACUUGAAAGAUGUGUAUUUUGUGUGUGAAACUGCACUUCGCAGCUUUUACAUUUGUAUAUUUUGUUAAUGUGCCGCUUCAACAAAAUGUGCGCCCUUCCAUAUAUAUAUCUCACUUUACAAAAUGUGCAUCCGUCAGAAUAUAUCUCACUUUACUGUAACUUAGUUCUUUUUUUUUUUGUCAUUGCCAUUGUUUUUGUCUAGACACAAUGCAGAUUUAACUGGGAACUGGGUUGACGCCAUGUUUGGUAUUUAAUACACUUGGUUCAGCAGAAAAACAGUGCAAACCGUUUUAUAAAUUAAAGUUUUAACAAAAGAAAAUCAUUAGCUCUCAAAAGUAAAUGCCAAAAACAGUGAUCCUUAAAGAUAGCCUAUGUUGUUUCUGUGAAUAGUUUUUUUUUUUUCAUAUUACCUUGGAAGUGAGUUUGAUUAUAAUUGCAGAUUAUUAUUUCAAAUCGAUUAUUAGAUGUAUGUUAUUUUAGUAAAUUAUAUUUUACAGUGGAUUAUGUUACUGAGAUGUUACAGAGCUACAAUAUUUAUAUUUUGUCAUGGAGUAGUUCUUACUUGAAUUGAAAACAGAAAUGAAUUAGCCUGUUUCAGUUUAAAUGUUGUCAUUUCAGAGGGUAUGUGGCUGGUUACCUUUUUUUAUGUUCUGAUUGUUGGAUCUGUACGUAGUGUCCCUCCUUGCUCUACCUUUGAAUUGUCAGUAUGCCAAGACAUCCAUUGCAUUUUAAUGUGUCCAUACAACAGAGAUGAAAUGGAGAUGCGCACAGAUCUGAUAUUUAUCCCACUGGAGAAUGUAUUAUGAUGUCAAUAAAAAGUGAUUGGAAUAGA